AUGUUUAACAAUUUAAGAGACGCAUUCCUCGAUAAACUUGACGAAGUACGUUCCGAAGAAUCUAGUUGUACAAUUAGAUGGCAAGAUACAAACAGAGUCGAAGUUAUCGAACAACAGUAUAUUCGUGUACCAUCGUCACAAAGUCCUGAAAUUAACAAAACUUAUGCGAUUGUUAUUGAUGGUAAAAAGCGUUAUGGAAUUGUUCUCGCACAAGGCACAAGACAACAUUGUGAAUCUGUUCUGCACAAAAUUUCACCUCAUCAACAAAGUGAUCAAUCUGAAGAGGCUUCUUCAGGAAAACUUUUAAAUCACAUCGAUAAUCUAUUCUUAAUAAGCGUUCUAGCCAAAUUAGUCAAUAGAAGCCAUUCCGUUGAUACUGACGAGGAUUAUACUCAUGAUACAAAAUGUUCAGGAUGUGGUCGUAACCCUAUCUGUCAAGUUGAUCGAUAUCAUUGUUUAGAAUGUUCAUCGCCAACUUAUGAUUUAUGUGGACGUUGUUUUGAAAAACGUUGUCAAACAGGAAAACAUUUAAGUGGCCAUGCUAUGGCUCAUUUUAAAUUACCAAAUGAAAUUCUAGGAAUACAUUUUAAUAAUAUUGACGCUGAAGUUACGUUAAAUAAAUUAAAACAAUUAGAUACACUUCGAAAUGAACAACAUAAUGGUAUAAAAUGUGAUGGAGUUUGUCAUCAAACGAGUAUUAUUGGUUUACGAUUUAAAUGUGAUACAUGUCCGAAGUAUGAUUUAUGUGAGCCAUGUGCCAUUACUAAACGUGUUUGUACAAAAAAUCAUGAAAAAGAUCAUCCAUUAAUUUUAACUUCAAAUAGAGUUAUGCCGAAAAUUGAUCCCGAUGAAAUUGAAAUGGGCGAAAUUUUAGGUAGAGGAGGAUUUGGUUAUGUAUGCAAAGCAAUAUGGCGACCAAAAAAUCGACAAGUAGCUUGUAAAGUAAUUGAAAUAUCGAGUGAAUCAUCAUCAUCAGAGUUACUUCAACGAAGCUUUCUUCUUGAAUUAGCUGCCUAUCGUGAAUUAUCAGGUGCAUAUAUUCUUCGAACCUAUGGUUAUGGCAAUCGUAAAUUACCAGCAACUCAUAGCCAUGGACCUAAAACUCAAUUUUUGAUUCUAAUGGAAUUAAUGGGACGUGGUAGUUUACAAAAUCUUCUUGAAAGGCAACCACAUAAAUUAUCACUGAGACGUAAAUUAGCAAUGUCUCGACAAAUAGCAUCAGGUAUGAGACGUAUUCAUCAACAUGGAAUGAUACACCGUGAUAUUAGACCUGACAACAUUCUUAUAACCGAUGAUUAUAUAGCUAAAAUUGGUGAUAUGGGAAUUGCGCGCUCUCUUGAUCCAAGUGGUCAACAAACUCAAAUUGGGUGCGUUGAGUUUAUGCCACCGGAAUUUUUUAUUGGUGCAUCAUCAGACGGACAUGUUAAAUGUGACGAAAAAUUAGAUAUAUAUACAUAUGGCCUUACAUUAAAUCAACUAUUUACGGAAGCUAUGCAUGAUUUUCGUUUUGCUGCACCGUUACCACGUGUUACACUCACUAAGACAAGUCCGAUAUUUUAUGAUGAAAUUAUUUUAAGAUGUUUAGACAGUGACUCAAAACGACGACCAACGGCUGUUGAAAUUGAAAAAACGUUGCAAUUUUACGAAGAAGCUUUUUUGGGAACGAUGCAUUCAGAUUCCUAUUCAAGAAUGAAUACAAAACAAAAAGAUCAAGUUUUUAUUGAAUUUUAUGAAAAGAAUAAAAUACCUAUUCAACGUUUUGUUAAAGAAAAAUUUCCUCAAGAAUUUAUAAAAGAAAUUCCAGUCGAAUUAUCAAAUAAACAAAAACAAUCCAGAACGCCUAAUGAUGAACAUUCAACCGAUGCUUGUCGUGUUAAUUAA